AUGAACGUAGGUCCCCCUCCUUCUCAUCUCCCACCUCCCACUAACCAUCCCCUCCCUCAGAUUGUCGAAUGGGCAUUUGGCAAACGGAUGACGGCGGCGGAGCGUCUCCGCAAACACCAACGUUCGCUCGAAAAGACGCAACGGGAACUCGAUCGCGAGCGCAUCAAAUUGGAGAAUCAGGAGAAGAAGUUGAUUGGGGAAAUUAAGAAGAGUGCGAAGAAUGGACAGAUCGGGGCGGCGAGGAUUCAGGCCAAGGAUUUGGUGAGGACCAGGAGAUAUGUCGAGAAGUUUUAUAGUAUGAGGACGCAGUUGCAGGCGAUUAGUUUGAGGAUUCAGACGGUUAGGACAAAUGAGCAGAUGAUGCAAGCGAUGAAAGGCGCUACGGGAGUCCUGGGAAGCAUGAACCGAAGUAUGAACCUGCCUGCACUACAGAGAAUCGCCAUGGAAUUCGAAAAGGAAAAUGAUAUCAUGGAUCAGAGACAAGAAAUGAUGGACGAUGCGAUUGAUGAUGUGACAGGGCUGGAAGAUGAGGAGGAGGGUGACGAAGUCAUGGAACAGGUUUUGGAAGAAAUUGGAAUCGAUUUGAAGGCUACGAUGGGUGAGACUCCUCAGGGAUUGCAGAGCUCGACGGUUCCUGAGGGAAGGGUUGCGCAGGCUAUCGGGGGAGGGGCGGCUGCUUCUGGAGCGGAUCCUGGUGAUGAUGAUUUGCAGGCGAGACUUGAUAGUUUGAGGAGGGAUUGA